UCCCCGGACCCCGCAUUCACUCUAUCCGCUCUCCCCGGACCCCGCAUUCACUCUAUCCGCUCUCCCCGGACCCCGCAUUCACUCUAUCCGCUCUCCCCGGACCCCGCAUUCACUCUAUCCGCUCUCCCCGGACCCCGCAUUCACUCUAUCCGCUCUCCCCGGACCCCGCAUUCACUCUAUCCGCUCUCCCCGGACCCCACAUUCACUAUAUCCGCUCUCCCCGGACCCCGCAUUCACUAUAUCUGCUCUCCCCGGACCCCGCAUUCGUUAUAUCCGCUCUCCCCGACCCCGCAUUCACUAUAUCCGCUCUCCCUGGACCCCGCAUUCACUCUAUCCGGUCUCCCCGCAACCGCAUUCACUAUAUCCGCUCUCCCCGGACCCCGCAUUCACUAUAUCCGCUCUCCCCGGACCCCGCAUUCACUAUAUCCGCUCUCCCCGGACCCUGCAUUCACUAUAUCCGCUCUCCCCGGACCCCGCAUUCACUAUAUCCGCUCUCCC